UGCAAGUUACUGGCGUACUGUUUUCUUGUAGUCAAACGGAACGUGGUCGCCGAAUUCACGCUGAACUUGACGCGCUCUUACUGGACAAAUGCGUUACGACAGCACCGUGAAAAAAUUUGUCCAACACUAAAGUAUUUUGGUGUAUUGAUUUGUUUGAUACCUUAGAAUGUUACACCUAUGUAUAGUCCGCAAUUGAGUUGAUAACAGCAACCGCAUAUUAUUUCAAUUCUUUUACUUAUAACUUUUAUCCGUGUUUCGAUUUCUGUGAUCCUGGAUAUAUAUGAGAUUUAUUUUUUGCGGAACGGUUUCUAGACCUGCACUUAUGGCGAAAUGUUAAUUUUGGAUACAAUUAUGGUAAGCGGUGACAGUGCUGCAUGUACCGUAUUACCGCCAGACAAUCGUCUUACUUUUCCCAAUUACCGUGCUAAGGCGAUCGUAGCAAUGGAAUACCAGUGCCUUCGGCAUUUUUCCAGGUUCCAACAACUGCAACUAGCAAGCUACUAGUGUAAGAAGAUUAAGCGGCUACAGAUAUAACUUAUGCAAGCUUCACCGUUAUGCAUCUGAAGGCCAAUGAUCUCUUGAAUGCAAAUGGGGACUUUCGAUGCAGUUGGAUACCGAGUAGAAUUAUGGCUGACCGUACUGAUUAUUCUUGCAUCACUUGGGAUUAUCAUAACAUUCAGCCUGUGGAGUUACACAUUAUACAAAAUUCUAUCGCUAAAUCUCCGCACCAGAAAUCUUUGGCUCAGCCAAGCGUCGCUAUUCUUCAUUGUUCUGUCAUAUGCAGCCUGCUUCAUCUUCAUACCGGUACCCAGUAAUUCCAUUUGCGGCAGUAUCCGUUUUCUUCCGGGGUUCUGUUAUGGCGGAUUGUUCGCCACAUUGUUGCUCAAAACACUGAAUAUCAUACAAGAAAAUCGCGAUGUCCCAGUGUCGCAUCAGCUGAUAUUAUUUUGGACGCUGGUCGCGGUGCAGGCAAUAAUUGCCGCCGAGUGGUUGAUCCUAAUCCCACCAAGGACAGUUAUGAUUAGUGUAGGCAAACCGGAUAUAACGGCUUGUAAUACAUCGCUCCUGGAUAUAUUGGUAUCGCUUGUGUGGCAGAUGGUACUACUGUUCAUCCUGUGCAUCGCCACGUCGGUAGCGCGUUAUCGCACUAUUAUAUAUCGUGAAGAAGCGUUUCUUAUUUCCGUUUGUGUUGGGUCGGUGGUUGCUAUUUGGAUUUGCUGGAUUUUACUUGGCACCGUUGGAUCUCGAAGGCCGCAUUAUGAGGAUCCUUGCCUAGCCUUUGGUUUGUUGACAACCGCGACUACUGUACUGAUUUUGAUAUUUUUGCCACGAGCACGCCGCUUAUCAAAACUAUCCAGGACGCUCAAACACUCCAGUUAUAUCGACGAAAGCUCUAUUCCAAGCAAGCUGUACACAGUCAGUACAAACCCCAGCGUUCUGAUCAGCCCAUUUGAAGAAAAAUUGUCCAGGAAUGCAUUGCAUCAUAGCACAACUUCGUUACAUUCGCUGUCACAGUUCUCGCCAAACGACGCAUUCCUCUCGAUGCAGAAUAAAAAUUCAAACGUGCACCGAUACCUGGGAUCAACCGAGCCGUCACGCCCAAAUAGCCAAUUAGUCUACUUUUCUCCGAUCGCCAGCCGCUCAGUUCCUACUCCCGUAUAUAUUUCGCGGGAAAAUGUGUGGAUAGAUGAUGGGACACAUCUGUAGCCCUUAGUUAUGCAUAUGCAACUCAAAAAAUCCCAAAUGCCAUCAAAAGAGGACCAUCAAAGCAUGAAUACGAAACCAAAUAAUGCAAUUAAAAACCGCCCAAUGGAUACAAGAUGAGCAACAUUCAACACUUCCGCAAAGCGAGAACCCGGAAUGCAGGCCUCCCCAAGAUUCCAACUUCAUGCCGUACAUUACGAUUUACGAACGAGUCGGUCUAUCCCUAUAAGGCUCCACAAUGGCAUUGGACACCAGAUACGCCGCUAAAAUAAAGACGACAAAGAGCCCGCCCCGCAGGUAUCCGAUAUCGGUGGUCCACAAGAAAAACCACAAGAAUACAAUGGUCCCCACCACGUACGUACUGGCCAAUGGACGUAAACUAAUUCGUGGCGGCAACGCAGACCCGUGCACUUCGCCAUAAACUUGCACCGGAGUAUGAGGUGGUUGAAUCAGCGGAUGAACCAGCCGAGCUUGGAAAUCCUGUCUGUUGUACAGUUCUUCAAUCUGCGAUCCAUACUAAAAAAAUGAACACUCCAUAAACUCAAUUUAACUCAUGCACUAUUUUGUCAGGCACUCUGGCAUACUAGCAUAUUUAAAUGGUGCGAAAGACCGCUUAGUAGAGGAAUUAAAAACGCAAUUUCCCAUGUUCGUGCUGGUUGAUUUUCCGGUUCAGUGAUGUAAGAGACCCGAGACGAUUCCAGAGAAUCCACAA